GGCCCAGAUAUUCCCACGGUACUUCCGUCGUAAUUAACAACGCGGUUUAGGGUUUUUCCUACAUUUGAACUCCCUUCUUCGAUCUACAGCGGCGCAGCACCGGAGCAAAAUGACUGCUAGGAAGACGCAGAGGACGAGCCGGAACCCAGAUCUCAUCCGCGGCGUUGGGAAGUAUUCCAGGUCCAAGAUGUACCACAAGCGUGGUCUCUGGGCCAUCAAGGCCAAACACGGUGGCGUGUUCCCUCGCCACGACCCCAAGCCUCAGGCACCGGCUCCACUCGAGAAGCCACUCAAGUUCUACCCUGCCGACGACGUCAAGAAACCGCUUGCCAAUAAGCACAAGCCCAAACCCACCAAGCUCAGGUCGAGCAUUACUCCGGGGACGGUUUUGAUUCUUCUGGCUGGGAGGUUCAUGGGGAAGAGAGUUGUUUUCUUGAAGCAGCUCCCUUCGGGGUUGCUUUUGGUUACCGGUCCGUUCAAGAUUAAUGGUGUACCUUUGCGGCGUGUGAACCAAUCCUAUGUCAUUGCAACUUCCACCAAGAUUGACAUCUCUGGUGUUAAUGUAGACAAGUUUGAUGAUAAGUACUUUGCUAAGGAAGUUGAGAAAAAGAAAAUUAAGGGAGAAGGCGAGUUUUUUGAGGCUGGGAAGGAGGAAAAGAAGGCAUUACCAGAUGGCAAGAAAGAUGAUCAGAAAGCUGUAGAUGCUCCCUUGAUAAAGUCUAUUGAUGGAGCCCCAGACUUGAAGGCUUACCUUGCCGCCAGAUUCUCACUUAAGGCUGGCAUGAAACCGCAUGAGCUUGUAUUUUAGAGGAAGAAUUUUGGAUUUCAAUAUGACUAAUGCUUUGCUUUGUUUUUCUUUUGGUUGAAAGUAUUUCAGGUUCUUGUUUAGAUGUUUUACUUGGAUACAAUCCAAUUUUUGUCUCGCAAUAAUAUUGUUUUCUUCUUUUUAUUGUGUUGGUUUAUUCAUGUUCUGACUCCAUUUAAACAUGAAGAAAUUGUUUCCUUUUUU